AUGCUCUACUGGCCCCCUGUUUGCGGACGUGUUCGAGGACUGCAGCUGGUUGCAUGGGUUCGCCGGUCAGCGACCUUGAACUGGAUUGUAGUCGAUGCCGUCGGCCGUGUCCGCGGAGGUUCGCAGAGAAGGCUGCAGGAAAGACUCUCCUCAAGCCUCUCUGCGAACAGCGAGGAGCGGAAAUUGCAUCCCGAGGCCUCUACCGCGGCGGCAACGAGCCCUUUGGCCACAGCACGCGGUAGGCCGUCCCAUCCAUCAUCCAUCCACUACAUCUUUGUCCGAGAAGCAAGCCUGAAUCUGCCAGCUUGGCUCUAG